AUGGCCAAAUCUGAAAAACAUCCAAAGGCCAUCCCCUCGCCAUCCAACUCCAAAUCUCACCUACAAAACACCACCCAAGAUGUCUCAUCAUCAUUCUUCUCAAGUCCCACCCUCAUAUUCUCCGCCUCAAUCCUCCUCCGAGUAGUCCUCCUCUUCUACGGCCUCUGGCAAGACGCCAACUCGCCGUUAAAAUACACAGACAUAGACUACUACGUCUUCACUGACGCCUCCCGCUUCGUCUCACUGGAGAAAUCCCCUUACGACCGGGAAACCUACCGAUACACACCUCUUCUCGCCUGGCUACUUCUCCCUACCACCUGGUCCAACACGUGGUUCUCCUUUGGAAAAGUUCUAUUUGCCGCUGGCGAUAUCCUCGCUGGCUGGCUCCUAGUCCUUAUUCUGAGAAAUGGGGAUGUGGGGAUGAAGACGGAGAGGGCGUUGAAGUUUGCGAGUAUUUGGUUGUUGAAUCCUAUGGUUGCGACGAUUAGUACUCGUGGUAGCUCAGAAGGAUUAUUGGGCGUGAUGGUCAUUGCUUUACUCUGGGCGGUACUGCGGAAAAAGAUAGUUCUCGCGGGACUAUUACUUGGACUGGGUGUGCAUUUCAAGAUCUACCCCUUCAUCUAUGCACCCUCCAUAAUCUGGUGGUUAGACGACUCUCAACUCAUCUUCAGUACCAUAAAUGGGAAAGGCAAAACCAAGUCUUCUUCACAACAAGACCUGCUCGAGAAAGCAACCAAUUUCCUCAACGCCCCAAGAAUAAUCCUAACCCUCACCUCCCUCCUCACAUUCGCGGGCCUAAAUAUCCUCAUGUACACCAUCUACGGAUUCCCCUUCCUGCAACACACCUACCUCCACCACAUAACCCGCAUCGACCACCGACACAACUUCUCACCCUACAACACCCUCUUAUACCUCUCCUCCUCCCUCCCAUCCUCAUCCUCAUCCUUCAAAAUCGAAAAACUCGCUUUCAUCCCGCAACUCUUCCUCUCAGGCGUAGCCAUCCCCUUAAUUCUAGCAAAGAAAGAUCUCCCCAGCACAAUGCUAGCGCAAACCUUCGCAUUCGUAACAUUCAACAAAGUUUGUACAAGCCAGGUAACUCCUCCCCCCUUUCCCAUUUCCCAUCUCAUCCUACAUCCUACACCCUACUCCACAUUUAUUCCCGACUAACAAACCCAAGUAUUUCCUCUGGUACACCAUCUUCCUCCCUCUCUAUCUCCCCCGCUCCUCACUGCUCACUUCGCCUCUCAAGGGCCUGAUAGCGGGGGGACUAUGGGUUGUGACACAGGGGAUGUGGUUACAUCAGGGAUUUCAACUGGAGUUUAUGGGGGAAAGUACGUUUGUACCCGGCUUAUGGGGUGCUAGUUUGUUGUUCUUUUUGACGAAUGCUUGGAUUCUGGGUGUGAUUGUUGGGGAUGUUGGGAGUGGUGGUGGUCGUAGUGGAUUGAGGAUAUGA